GAAAUCAAUACUAGAUGCCAGGCUUCAACGUGCCACCUUUUUUACAUCAAUAAAGCCCCAAACUCUUUUAACUUGGAAUUUUUAUCCAUAUGCUCUGACUGGCUCCUUUGUGAUGUGGCACAACAAGACUGCUACUGGGAUGGGUGCCUGCACUCUGAAGGCCCAAAGAAUGGAAGAAGAGGAACUGCUCAAGGAAAGAUUUCAGGCCAUCACAGACUCACAUAUAUAUGCCUUCUAACCAACAGCUGCCUCAGGUGUGAUGAAGGAUGCUAUCCUUUCAGCAGUAUCCACAAAGAGGGCAUAAACAUAAAAAUCAAGAUGCCAACUGCAGCAGCGUGAUCAAUGCACUGCUCCUGCUCUAAAUGUGCCAAUCUUGGCACACAUUAUACAAAUGGGGAUAAGAGGAAGCUGCAAGAAAGAAUAACUCAGAGACGCCUUAAAGUAGAAGAAGAAAAGCUAAAGCACCAGCAUUUAAAGAAAAAAGCUCUGCGUGAGAAAUGGCUCUGGGAUGGAUUAAGCACCCUUACUCCAGAAGAACAAAAAGAAAUGCAAAACCAACAUCGAGAAGAUCAAUACCGAAUUAAGAAACUGGAACAAAAUAUUCUCAGGCUUGAGCAAGAAAUUGAGGAUCUUGAGAAAGAAGAAUUGACAAUCUCGGUAAAAGAAAAAGCCAUUUUGAAGAAACUGAAAUCUGUUGAAAGGACCACAGAAGAUAUUAUAAAGUCCGUGAAAGUGGAAAGAGUAGAGACUACAGAAGAGCCAGCUGACUAUAUAUAUGCCAACAUACCAGACCUUCCAAAACCUUUCAGACCUUCUGCACUUAAAAAGGCAGGCCCUCUGCAAACAGACGAUGAAGAAGAAAAUCGAAAAGCAUUGUUUGCUAUGGAAAUUAAAGUAAAAAAAGACAUGAAGACUGGGGAGAGUACAGUUUUGUCAACAAUACCCCUUCCUUCAGAAGAAUUUAAAGGAGCAGGAGUCAAAGUGUAUGACGAUGGCAGAAAGUCUGUCUAUGCAGUGUGUGCCAAUGGGAGCAUAAAGAAUGAUGAUGUGGAUGACCUUGCCCCAAUUGAAGUGGAGGAUAUCUUACGACAAGCAACUGAGAAACAAUCCAAGUCUCCCACUGAAUAUCAUGAGCCAGUAUAUGCCAACCCGUUUUGCAGACCCAGAACGCCUCAAAAGAAUAAAUUCAUCCAAGAGGCAAAUGGUGGAAAAGAUAACAUCCAGAAUAAGAUCAGCCACCUUGACAAUUUUUCUAAUGAACUUGUUGAUAAGGAUAAAUGGCAUGAUAUUAAAAAAGAUGGUCUAGAUACUUCAAAGAGCUGCCAGCAAAACUCUCAUUAUCCAGUUAGUCAACAGUUAGGAAGGCCUCUACAGGUUAUUCCUCAAAAUAAGCUAGUAUCUUGUGUCCAAAGAGAAGCUACACAAGAAACUGCUCAGCCUUAUCAAAAGAUAAAGGAGUACCAAGAUAAGAAAAUCAGAAACUCUUCUCCGGUAACACUAGAGAGUGAGGAUAAUUAUAGCGUGGUCCAAGCAAUGCCAUGUUAUGUGGAUGAUACAGAAGAACCAGUUACAAUGAUAUUCAUGGGAUACCAACAUGUGGAUGAUGAUGAACUAAAUAAAAAAAUCUGUGGAUAUGAUGGGAUUAUCCAUGCGGAACUUGUUGUCAUCAGCGAUGACAGUGAAGAUGAAGAAAGAAAAAUUGAGACACCUCUUUAUCAUCCGGUGGGUCCUUAUAGCCAGGUCUAUCAGCCAUCCAAUCAGACGUGUGCAGUUUCACAGACAAAAACUAUUGGAGACAACAUAAACAAGCCACUUUACAAAAAUUCCAUGUCACUGAAAGAACAGGAAGAAAGUUUGAGCUGUUCUACCUUUAAUGGUCAACUUGAUGGCCACUUAGCAAGUGAUGGAACAGAAGAACCUUCCUUAACAGCUCUGAGAAUGAGAAUGGCAAAACUGGGGAAAAAAGUGAUUUAAACAGCUGCAGUGAUAUAAUACUCAAAGUCUGGCAGUUUAACAAAAGAAGAAUUUUCUAUGUUUUGGACCUGGGUAGCUUUUAUUUACUCAACAAUACAUCUAUAAGAAUAAUGGCACUUUACAGGAAAAUGAAUGUUUGCCAGUCCUAAUAUAUGGAUACCCUGAUCCAUAAAUAAGUAUUGUUAAAACAGUGUGUUCCUCAAGGAAUCAUUAGUGGCAUUUCUUAGGUAUUUGUCAGCCUUGUUAUAUUUUAUAAGAGCUGAAGGGCCAGUGUCACAAUACAAAUGCAUCUAGCAUUUUGUUGAAGAAGUCUUGUCCAUCUUCUUCUCUUACUGACUAUACCUAAACAGGAAUAUAGGAUAUGAACUGACUUUCCAAUUCCUACUAAACUCUGUUCCAUUUCAGCAGUGUUUUUCAAACCUGUCAAAAGCAUUCUCCACGUGUGUGUUUGAUCUCGGAAGCUGAAGACCUCAAGCAUAGCCAUCAGAAACUAUGUCAUUUGCCAGCUCUUUACUGUAAGGAAUAAGAGCUUUAUUAUGGCUGGUAGAUAAAGCCAUUAAAGCACCCCUACUGUCCUCAAUAGUAAUGUAUCCUGGAGAGGCAGCCACUUCUCAUUUUCCUUUGAACACAGGAAAAUGCCCCAUUGUUUGGGAAAUGGGGGCCACUCUUUCCUUCAUUUGUUUUCUGUAUUCUGUAUUCCUAUCUGUGUUUAUUGCUCAUCUUUGGAAUGUAGCCAGUAAGGCAUCCUUGUGCAACAGUUCUUUUUGUUUCCUCUAGCUCUCUGAUAAAACUUUGCUUUUGAGCUGGAAUGUA